UCAACCAUUUAACCUCAAAACAUAACUUUUACAAAACAGAAGCAAGAAGAUUGGCUAUAAAAGAGCACGUUCAGCCAUCUCAUAAGUCAUUCCAAUGAGGAUGACAUGUACAUAAUGGACGUCAGUGAAUUUGAUUCAGUAUUAGAUUUGUUAGGAGAGCAGGAUGAGGAGGAGAAAUUAUGUACCUCAGUGGGUUUGGUAAUGAGUUUGCCACAGAAGACCCCCGCUGCCCAGGGGCCUUACCUGAGGGCCAGAACAAUCCCCAGAAGUGUGCAUAUGGGCUGUAUGCAGAGCAGCUGUCAGGAUCUGCCUUUACUGCUCCCAGAAAUUCCAAUGUUAGAAGCUGGUUAUAUCGAAUAAGACCCUCUGCGGUACACACACCUUUUGAAAAGAUGGAUCGAGGUAGAAUGACUGAUGAUUGGAACAAUGUACAUCCAAAUCCCAAUCAGUUGCGAUGGCAUCCAUUUGACAUUCCCAGUAUGAAAGACCAUGCAGUGGACUUUGUUCAGGGCCUGUCCACUGUGUGUGGGGCUGGUGACCCAAUGUCUAGGCAUGGAGCAGCCAUCUACAUUUACACUUGUAACUCACCCAUGGGUGACAGGUGCUUCUACAGUUCUGAUGGAGAUUUUCUGAUUGUGCCCCAGCAAGGCAGCCUGCUCAUCACAACAGAGUUUGGCAGGAUUCUGGUGGAUCCCAAUGAAAUAUGUGUCAUCCAGCUGGGUAUGCGUUUCAAUGUGUCAGUGACAGGGGAGUCUCGUGGCUACGUUGUUGAGGUGUUUGAUGGCCACUUCCAGCUCCCUGACCUGGGACCGAUUGGGGCUAAUGGACUUGCCAACCCACGUGACUUCCUAACCCCAGUUGCCUGGUAUGAGGACAGGGAGGUCCAAGGUUUUGAGGUCAUCAGCAAGUAUCAAGGACAUCUGUUCAGGGCACUACAGGACCAUUCACCCUUCGAUGUGGCUGCCUGGCAUGGGAACUAUUGCCCAUACAAGUACAACCUGAAGAACUUUAUGGUGAUCAACGCAGUGGCAUUUGAUCAUGCAGACCCGUCCAUCUUCACAGUGCUCACCUGUCAGUCCAACAAACCAGGGACCGCUAUUCUAGACUUUGUCAUUUUCCCUCCAAGAUGGGGCGUUACUGACAAGACGUUCCGCCCACCAUACUACCACAGAAACUGUAUGAGUGAGUUCAUGGGGCUGAUACUUGGAAAGUAUGAAGCCAAGGAGGCGGGUUUCCAGCCUGGUGGCUGCACUCUACACAGCAUGAUGACACCUCAUGGACCAGACGCCCAGUGCUUUGAAAAGGCUUCCAAUGAGGACCUAACUCCAGUCAGAGUGGCAGACGGCACCAUGGCAUUUAUGUUUGAGUCCUCACUGAGUUUCCGUGUGACAGAGUGGGCUAACAAGACAAAGGUUGAUGAGGCCUACUACACUUGCUGGCAGCCGCUUGCUAAGCACUUCUCACUGACUGAACAGUCCCCCUUGGCCAAGACUGAAACAGACUCUCCCAAGAAGAAAAAACAGAAGAUGUAAGCAGCUGCAAAUAGCAUGUGAGGCAACUGUUCUAGACAACAGCCUUAGCCUUGUGGACAGCCAGACACCUUAAUUGCCUUAUAUAAUUUGCUUGGCUUUUUAACACUAAAUUAAGCAAACUUAUGAUGACUGAUACUUAAACCCUUAUGGCACCAAAUUUCUAUACAGAAAUCCUUCCAAGCGCCAAAUUAAGUACUGAUUAUUCUUAGAAAUGUUACACCAGUAAUAAAACACCUACAACUUCACAUUUGUUAAAAUUUUCUCAGUAGUUGUAUAAAAAAAAUACAUAUAUUUUUUAUUAUAUGAAAUGUAUUAAAAAAGCAAACAUAUACUAGCAUGUUUUAUAUGGAUAUUGAUUUCAAGACAAUAAAAGUGGAUGGUUACUAACCAUGAUUGGUUCAAAACAGUUUAGUCACUUAAGUUAAAGAAUCGUUAACUCUUUCAUCAGAAAUGUUCAAAAGUCAAUGUCCGGAAUAUAACAUUGUCACUGUCAUUCAUUUAAAUAUCCACUUCCCCCACAUUUCUUCAAAAUUUUCAUCUCUGAAAAUUAUUUGUGCAAAAAGCAGUCUGUAAUUCUCUGUUUCAUCUAUAAUAUUUAUUACACAACUUAACUAUCAUACUGGAUUUCUGGUUAUACAAAAAUACCAAAACAAAGCCUUGUUUCAAAAUAAAUGUGGGGAAAGCUGGUGCCAAAUGAAUUAAAAUAGCAAGAUAGAUGACAAAACAACCCUUUAAUUGACUUCCCAGUAUUAUUGUAUUGUAUGUAAACAAAUAUAUGUUAACUUAUAAAUGGAUCUUGUCAGCAUGUAUUGCCUUAUCUGAAGUAUAGACCAUAGAUUUUAAAAUAUAAUAGAAACCCAUAUUAGAAGCGUUACUUUUGCAGUCAAAGAAUGAAUGAUCAAAUUAUAAGACUUUUUUUUAAGAUCAUGAACAUUUACUUAUCAUGAAAUACUGAUCAUUAUAUGAACACUGGUCUUUUUAUUAUAUCAUAAUUAUGUCUAGCAUGAUGAAACACAUUGGUGUGCACAAUCAUUAAAUAAAAUACAGUAGGUAAAUAUUCAACAUACCCGUUGUAAAUUAAAUAUUAUUUUCCAUAUUUAUAAUAUGUUAUACAUUGAAGUUGUAUGUGUUGUGGGUUUUAUUUUUUUUAUUGUUUUCAAACUAUUGAAUGCUUUUACUUAUAUACAUGUAGAUUGUAUAUAUGUAUGUGCCAUUAUUUUGUAUAAACAGAUAGUUAUAUCUGAAUAAGCUUCAAUUAAUCUCAAACAAUUAAUUUCCCCAAAAGGCUCAAUGUGUGUAAAGUGUAUGUAGCAUAUUAAUGAAGUACCAUAUAUCUAUAAAUGUGAUUGCUCAAUUUGUAUAUAUAUGUCAUAAUUCUUGUCAAAAUUAAAUGUAGUUUUUAUCUCCACUGGCCAGAGGCCAGCGGGGCUUAUGUCAUGGUCCUGUGUCUGUCGUGCGUGCGUGCGUCCGUGCGUGCGUUAACUUUUCCUUUAAACAUCUUUUUCUCCUAAACCACAGGUCCAAUUCUGAUGAAAUUUCUCAGGAAUGUUCCUGGGGUGAACCUCUGGUAUGUAGAGACAUCUAAUAGUCCUCUACCAAAUUUGUUCAAAUUAUGCCCCUGGGGUCAAAUUGACCCUGCCCCGGGGGUCACAAAAUUGAAAAUUUGCUUAUAUAAGGCCUAUUUUGUGAAAACUUUCAAAAUCUUGUCGUCCAUAACCAUUUGGCCUAGGGCUAUCAAAUUUGGUAUGUAGAGACAUCUAAUAGUCCUCUACAAAAAUUCUUCAAAUUAUGCCCCUGGGGUAAAAUUUGACCCUGCCCCGGGGUCACAAAAUUGAACAUAUGCUUAUAAAGGGUAUAUUUUGUGCAAACUUUCAAAAUUUUCUUGUCCAUAACCAUUGGGCCUAGGGCUAUCAAAUUUAGUAUGUAGAGACAUCUAACAGUCCUCUACCAAAUUUCUUCAAAUUAUGCCCCUUAGGUCAAAUUUGACCCUGCCCCGGGGGUCAAACAAUUGAACAUAUGCUUAUAUAAGGUCUAUUUUGUGCAAACUUUCAACAUUUUCUCGUCCAUAACCAUUGGUCCUAGGGCUAUCAAAUUAGUAUGUAGAGACAUCUAAUAGUCAUCUACCAAAUUUCUUCAAAUUAUGCCCCUGGGGAACAUGUGCUUAUAUAAGGCCUAUUGUGGUAAAACUUUUAAAAUCUUUCUGUCCAUAACCGUAUGGUAUAGGGCUACCAAAUUUUGUAUGUAGUGACAUGUAAUAGUUCUAUUCUUAGUUUGUUCAAAUUAUGCCCCUGGGGUCAAAUUUGAAACUGCCCCGGGGGUCACAAAAUUGAAUAUAUUCUUAUAAGGGGCUUAUUUUGUGAAAACUUUAAAAAUCU